CGCCAUGCUGCUACUAACCUAGUCACUGAUGGAUGACGUGCAGCCCGGCUGGGUGUCCUAAUUCUCCCUGGAUUACUGAGCUCCAUACAGUACUUUUUCUCUGAUUCUGCCCAGAACCAUGAAUGAGGAAGACGUCCUUGAGUAUUUUAAAGUUCAGCUAAAAGAAGAUCCCAAUGUAGCUACUGCCGUGGCAGCCAUCAGAACGUUACUGGAAUUCCUGAAGAAAGACAAAGGUGGCACUAUUCAAGGCCUAAUAGGAAGUCUAAAAGAUUCAAUUCAAACCCUCUCUAAAGUGGAUUCCUCUGUCUCUGUUUCUUCCGGAGGAGAACUCUUUCUCAGGUUCAUUACCCUCACUGGAGCUGGAGAGUUGGAGAACUCUGAUUAUGCAAAAUGUAAAAACACGAUGAGUGAAAGAGGGGAGCUGUUCUUAAAGAGGAUUUCACAGUCCAGAAGUAAGAUCACAAAGCUUUGCUGUCCGUUCAUAAAGGAUGGAGCUAAAAUCUUGACCCACGCUUACUCCAGGGUGGUCUUAAAGGUGUUGGAAGAAGCUGCCGAAGCAAACAAACGUUUCAGUGUCUAUGUCACAGAGUCACAGCCAGACCAUGCCGGGAGAAAUAUGGCAGAAGCUCUGAGAAAAAUGAAGGUCCCAGUAACGGUGAUUCUGGAUGCUGCUGUGGGUUAUAUAAUGGAGAAAGUAGACCUGGUAAUCGUGGGAGCUGAAGGAGUUGUGGAAAGUGGGGGAAUCAUUAAUAAGAUUGGUACUAAUCAGAUGGCAGUAUGUGCCAAGGCUCAGAAUAAACCUUUUUACGUAGUGGCAGAAAGCUUUAAAUUUGUCAGACUUUUCCCUCUCAACCAAAGAGAUGUUCCAGACAGGUUUAAGUAUAAAGCAGACACACAACAGCAGAACAAGGAUCUUGUAGAUGAACAUCCUUGGAUCGAUUACACCUCCCCAUCUCUAAUUACAUUACUUUUCACAGACCUUGGGGUCCUGACUCCCUCUGCAAUCAGUGAUGAGCUUAUCAAACUCUAUCUAUAAUAUUAUAAAUAAAAUCUGUUCGUAAUAUA